CCUGUCACAAUAAUAGCAUCUGGCUGGGAUAUGAUGGAGUCCAUUGAAAGAAGCUCUCAUAAAGUUGUUGUGGAGCAAGCUAAGAGACUAUUGUGUGACCUGUUAGCUGACCCCUUCCUCAGUGACAUCUCCCCCACGGCCACUCAUGAUGAGGUGGCCUCACAGCUCGCCCUGGAGCAAGGAAGGGCCAUCACUGUGCAUGUGAGGCGGUUUGAUGAUCAAGUACUUUCUGUGAUAGUGCUCCAAGGUGCAACGGUGGGUGACCUCAUACGUACUGUACAGAGGUCGGUGAUGAAGCAGCUGUCACUGGCCGGCAGGACCACACCCAUUAGUUGGAGGUCUGUGUGGAGGAGGUAUGCAUUGUCCACUGGGCAGACAUUGCUUAGCAACAGAAAGGCUAAAUUAGUCAGCCUGGGGAUUGGUAAUCGUUCAGAAGUGCAAUUUGUCAAGAAACUGAGACUAAAGAAUGACCAACACAGACACUAACAUUUCAUUCAUUCCACGAUACUUUCAUUUCAUCACAUUAAUUUUUUCAAGAGUGCACUAUGAACUCUUGUUAUUAUACAGCAUUUUGAAUUGAUGACAUGAACAAUAUUUAUAAUUAUUAUGUGCAAAAAUUGUGUUUUAAUGAUAAAAAAUGUUUGAAA